CUUAUUUAAACAUCGAAUAGUGAAUGUCGUCGCGGAAAAAAAUCGACAUUUUAUUUUUAAAUUUUUAAACUAAAAUUUAAUUAUUUUUUUAGUUUUAGUUUUUUUUUGUUAUAUUUUUUUGUUUGUUUUUUUAGUUUUACUUUAUCAAUGUUUGCGUUAUAUAGUUUUUUGUUGUGUUUGUGUUUGUGGACGGUCAGUUCCAAUGUUAUACGAGGGAAUGACUUGUAUCAGUUGGAUAUUGUGCAUUACAAUGACUUCCAUGACAGAUUCGAGGAGACAUCAGUCGUCUACCCAACAUGCUCAUCCAACGACACCACUUGCUUGGGUGGGUUUGCCCGUCUUUACCAGGAAAUCCAGACCCUAUUGAAGGAACGUCCAGGAGCCUUACUCCUGAACGCUGGAGACACUUUCCAGGGGACCUACUGGUAUACCCUGCUGAAAUGGAAUGUCACCCAGAGGUUUAUUAAUAUGCUGCCCAAUGAUGCUCAUGCCCUAGGCAACCAUGAAUUCGACGAUGGAAUACCAGGGCUAUUACCAUACCUCAAAGCUAUGAAGGCACCAGUGGUUGCAGCCAACCUCGCCAGCAGCAUCGAGACAGGAUUGAAUGGCUACUACCAGCCUCAUGUGGUGGUGCAUAGAAGAGGACGGAAGAUCGGCAUUAUUGGACUUAUUACUAAGUCUACUGAGCUCCUAUCCAAUGCAGAAGGUGUGACAUUCCUGGAGCCAAUCCCUGUGGUGCAGAAACAAGCACAGUUGUUGACAGACCAAGGAGUUGAUAUUAUUAUCGUGCUUUCCCAUUGUGGACUCGAAGUUGACAAACAAAUGGCAAAGCAAGUUGGAGAGAACAUAGACAUUAUAGUCGGAGGUCACUCUCACAGUUUACUCUGGAACGGCGAGGCGCCGAGCAAGGAAACUGUUUCUGGACCCUACCCUAUUAUUGUGGAGAGUGAGGCCAAGCCUGGACACCAGGUUUUAGUGGUAACAGCAUCAGCUUAUACCAAGUAUUUAGGCAACAUGACAGCAUACUUCGACAAGGCAGGAGAGCUGAAGUCUUUUGAAGGAUCGCCAGUCUUCUUGAACCGGUCUAUUCCUGAAGAUCCUGAAAUCAAAGCUCUUCUCCAGCCCUAUACGGAGCAUCUCCACAAAAUCGUGAAUGAAGUGGUUGGUUCUGCUACUGAUGAUAUGGAGAUGGACUCGUGUGCUUACCAGGAGUGCGCUCUUGGCAACUUCUUUGCAGAGGCAUUCUUGAAUAUCUCACACGAAUUACACCCAACAACGCUACCUUCUAUUUCCUUCCUUCAAAGAUCAAUGAUUCGCAGUUCUUUACUAAAAGGAGAUAUCACAAAGGGCUCGAUAAUAAAUAUGUCACCGUUUACGAAUAGAAUGGUGACAUUCGUCAUCUCUGGUAUUCACAUUGUGGAGGCCAUGGAACGGUCAGUCAUGUUCCCUUGGAGGCCGAAGCCCUACAUCGGACCUUAUACACCACAUUUUUCUGGCGUGAAAGCAACAAUCAACACGACGUCCCAUGAAGUGGUGGAGAUGCUGUUCAGGGUCGGAGACCAGUACGAGAAGUUCGACGUGGACAGAGACUACCAGGUCACAACCCUGGACUUUCUGACUAGAGGAGGGAAUGGGUUUGCGAUGUUCAAAGAACACGGUCGCAAUAUGACUGUGUUGGGAGUAGACAGUGAUAUUCUAGAGAGGUACGUCAGGAAAGCAUCGCCCAUCGUACCCCACCUGGACAAAAGACUCACCCUAGUUAGCUGAUAAAAAAUAAACCUUAAUUAGUUUUAAAUAAAGUAUUUUCUAUGA